AUGAACCCUGGAAGGCAGCUAUGGGUUAGCCAACCAGGCCGGCAACCGCGUGUGGCCCGGGGCCAAUCAGCGGCCGGCCUGGCUCCAUGUGGGAUCGUUGGAGAGAUUUGGGGAGAUGUGGGGAUGCUUGGAUGCGUGGAUCUUGGGGAGAGAUGGCAGAUGGGAGAUGGGAGACUCUGCACACUCCCUACCAGAGAUAUUACUGCUCCUGAUGAUGAUGUCGCUGCCAGCCUAUCACUUGCAGCACGAGCACGCGACACUCGUCCGCUGGGUUCUGGUAGCUUGUUGAGCGCUGUUGCGGGUUUCUCUCGGUCUGUUGUUUAA